AUGUCGAGAGCGCUCAAGGGGGAGUACGCUUCUUCUGACCACGAUGUUGAGGCCAUGGUCAGAGGUUGUUGUGCCCUAGCACCGCAGUUAUGGCAAGCUCACAUUCCAAAGAUGAUGGCCGAGACCUUUGCAUCUUACGAUGGAUCUACUGACCCAUUGGAGACCCAACGAAAAUCCCUCUACAAUGUGGAUCAAAGCCCUCCUAUCGGAGUCAAGUCUACUAAGGAGAGGGCCAUUGAAGCUCUGCUCUGUGUGAUACAGAUAAUUGUAUAUCCAGACUCUCAAAAGAAAAUGUGCGAUGGUGGCAAUGUUGUCGAACCCAUUUUUGAUGUAAAUACGAUGCCAGUUACUUGCUCUAUCUCAUCAAUCCACAAACAAGAUAAUCAGAACAGAGCCAUCAACCUUAACAAUGCAGAGAGCCUGAUGGAUGUAGAUCAUGCAAAUAAUAUUGAACUGAACUCAGAUACAGUGGAUCUUGUUUCACAUGCAUCACCUAGUGCACAAAAAAGAAAUGUGGAUAUGGCAAACUGGACUGACGGAGCCAAUGGAUCAGUAGACAAGAAAAUUAAAUUGGAUAAUGUAUCGUCCACUGUGGAGUCUAGUUUAAGUGGGAAGGUCAGAGAUGGAAGGUUAUCAUCCAAGGUACACCCUCUAGCAGCUUUACCUGUUCAUGAUUGCACUGACAAUAAGACCAUGGCAGGAAUCUCGAAGAGUAAUGGAAAGUGCACAUUUCCACUAGAUCUAAACGUGGUGGAUGAUGCAGAUAUAGACAUGGUGGAUGAUGCAGCGACUGGAAAUAGCAUAACCGGUCUGUCUGAAGAUUUACCUGAACAGAACACACAAGAUCUUAAGCCAGCACCGGGGGACAACAUAUCUUCUAGAAAGCCCAUGGUUGAAGAAAAGUUGAAUAAAGGAGAUACACAGCCUACUGAUAUGUCAGGCGCGCUCUCCCUCUCCCUCGCAUUUCCAGCAUCAAAGGAUCAAUAG